UUAGGGAGUAUUUGAUGGGGCUGUAGCGGUUCUGGAGAAGUUUUUCCGCCUGGGAUGUAGGAUGUGUUUGUGUGUGUGAGUGUGUGUGAGUGUGUGUCGGAUUGCGCUCUGAGGAUUUAACCUGCUGUCGGGGAUUUUCAGCUUUUUUUUAUUUCUUCUUCUUUUUUUUUUUUUUUCUUGUCGUAAGGAACCAGGUCCAAAGAUGCCGCGCUCGUUUCUGGUCAAAAAGCAUUUCAACUCCUCCAAGAAGCCCAAUUACAGCGAGCUGGACUGUCCUACAGCGUUCGUGUCUCAGCAGCUCCUUAAAAGCCUGGUGAUGCCCGUGAUCCCGCAGCCAGAGGUCCUGAGCCCGGUCAUGUACAGCCCCAUCACCAUGUGGACGGCGAGCGACUCUCCCCCUUCGCCGCUCCCCACCGACCUGUCGCCUGUGUCGGGAUACCCCUCGCCCAAAGACGGCCACGAGAUACCGAGGAGCGACGAGGACGAGCACGAACAUGAGCACGAACAGCCGGCGUCCUUCACCUUCACCACCACCACCAGCCCGAGUGGCGCCUCGGACGUGACCGAGAAGUUCCGCUGCGCCCUGUGUCACAAGUCAUACUCGACGUACGCGGGCCUGCUCAAACACAAGCAGCUGCACUGCGAGGCGCAUGCACGCAAGGCGUUCAGCUGCAAGUACUGCGAGAAGGAGUACGUGAGCCUCGGCGCGCUCAAAAUGCACAUACGGACACACACGCUGCCGUGCGUCUGCAAGCUGUGCGGAAAGGCGUUCUCGCGACCGUGGCUGCUCCAGGGACACAUCCGCACACACACAGGCGAGAAGCCGUUCUCGUGUUCCCAUUGCAGCAGGGCGUUCGCCGACAGAUCCAACCUCAGGGCUCACCUGCAGACGCACUCGGACGUCAAGAAGUACCAGUGCAAGAACUGCUCAAAAACCUUCUCCAGAAUGUCACUCCUGCACAAACACGAGGAGUCGGGAUGCUGCGUCGCUCACUGACGCCCCCUAACCCCCAAAAUAAAGUCCAACCUACACAGACUGCUCUGGGAAAAAAAAAUUUCAUGGUGCCUUGAAACCAAAAAAAAAAAGCAAUAUUUGUCCAAAUAUUUUCACACGCAGUAUUUUUUACCAUUUUUUUUUAUAUGAUCAUGCGCUCCAUCAUGUGCUUCCUAUUUGUACUUUUUUUUUUUUUUUUUGACCUAUAAUUUUUUUUCCUUCCUUCUGUGUACUGUAAGAAAAGGAAAGUUUACUCAACACAGGACGAAACCGCCGAAACGUCCCGUAUCCGAUCCCCGUACUGGAUGUGUUUAGAAACCAAAGACUUCUAGGAUCAAAUAAAGCCAUUUUCUCCAGAGGGAACAAGUGCAAAGUAUUUAAAAAAUUUACAAAGACAAUCAGCGUUUUUUUUUUUUUUCCUUUCAGAGCUCUGUAAUCGUUUAUUAUUUUUUAAAUACAUAUCUGAAUGUACGUGUGACUGAAAUGAUUGUAUAUUGUUUGUACGUAUACAUUUAAAUGGAAUGGGUGAUUUAUUUUUUGUAUGUGUUCCCUUUUUUAUACACUUUCUAAAUAAAAAAAAAAAAAGUUC